AUGUCUUCAUCAUCAUCAUCUGAUAAAACACAGAAUAAAUCCUUUGGAUUUAGAAUAUCCUCAAUCUUUAAUCAACAUCACACACAUUCCCACUCAUCACAACAUACAAGCCAGCCUAAUGAUAGAUCCAUACACAAGCUGAACACAUCACCAGCUAUGACAGUACUGCCUAAUAAUACAGUAACAACAACAGCACCAGCAAGGAGACUGCAGACGAAUUCUUCGUCUGCAAAGCAACAACAGCAAUUACCUACGCCGGUUAGUAGGUCUUCCACUUCAAAUCGCUCGGCCCAGGUCCUACAUGGUUCUACACCACCUCCGCAAACCGCCCCAAAUGUCCCACCACCAAGUACAAGAGGGAUAGCUAGUAGCGCACCUCUGAAUACUACUCAACUAGCUAAAAGUAGACAGAGCCCAACCCCACCACGAUCGCCUGAUAGUCAAAAUUCUAGAGGUUCCAAGAUUUAUUCACCUGGCAGAAGAAAACCUCCUCCAGACUUUGAUGUUGAAAAUCUAUACUUCCAGGCUCCAAAUAUAGUGAAAACCUCCCCUUCACCAUUAACAUCACAACCUACCCUUCCAAAAUCAAAUUCUCAAUCAGAUAGUAUUGAUACUGAUAAAAUUGCAGAUUUAGAAAAAGGGCUUGAUAGUUUUCUUAAUCUUAAUUCUUCUGAUAGUGACUCGCUUUCAAAUAAAAUUGAAUAUCCAACAAAUGAUUCAAUUGAAGAUUUUAAGAUGUCAAGAUCUUCACCUUUGAUGGGACUUUCUGAUUUUGCACCUAACUAUAACCAACUUAAUAGAACUGAAACUGAAGAUUCAAAUAGAUCGGAUAAUCUGACAAAAAUAGAAGGGACAAGUCUUCCAUAUCCUGCUGAAAUGAGCUUCAGUGAACUUAGUUCUCCUGUUAAACCAAUGUUUGAUAUGAGUGGUUUGGAUUUAAGACCGCAAGGUAGUAGUGUACUGGAUAUAUCAAAAUCACCUAGUCCACACGAAACUUCAUUAACAAAUUCAAGAUCAAGUACUCCCACUGGAGGUGCUUCAUUAGAUAAUGCAUCAAUUGGAUCACUGGAUUUAUUCAUCUCAAGGCAACAUCAACAACAACAGCAAUUUCAACAACAGCCACUGGCUCCUCCAUACCCACCAACUCGUCAUUCAACAGGAACGGCUGUAUUCCCAAGAUCUCCAAGUCGACCCUCUCAAACCCAGCAAUUUCAACGUCAUGCUUCCGAGCCUAUGUCAUUUGGAAUCUCGAAAUCAAACACCGUUAAUACAUAUACAAGUUGGGGAUCACCCAGAAGUAACCUGCAUCGUCGUCAAUCAAGUUCAGUAAGUUCAAUCUGGAGUUCUAAUUCUUAUAGGAAUGUAAAUCUUGCGGCAAUUAAGAAAACCAUGAAUUUGAAACCCGGAGAAGGGGAAAGAUCUAAUUAUGUAUUAUCAAUUAGAAGAAGUUCAGGGACUUCAUAUAACGAAAACGGACCUUCGAAAUGGAAAUUACCUGUUGGGAUCUUACCAGUUGAUAAAUCGGCCCUAUAUGAUAAUUCUAAUGGUAGAUAUCUUCGUCUUGCUGGUGCAAGUGCAUAUAGAAAGAAGACCAGUGGGGUGGAAUUAAAGCAUGGUCAUUUGAAGCCAAGAUUAUUAGCUGCUGAAAUUGAUGAAUAUGAUGAUAAUACUUCUUUGGGACUUAGCCCUUCUACAAAUACGACUACGAGUGGAAGUGGACCAACCGCAUUCACACCAACUUCAAGAUCCAAUAAAUCAUCCGAGUCUUCAAAGACUGCUUCAAGAGAGAAUUCUAUCGCUAGAACAGUUACUGAUGCAUCUAUGAGAAGUGGAGGGGAUAAUCAAAGUUUUACAGGGCUUUCAGCUAGGAGUACACGUAGUGAUUCUAUGGGAUCUUCUUCUUCAGAAGAUUUGGCUGACAAGAUAGAUGUUGGAUAUUAUCAACAUCGCGGAUAUAAAUAUGAUAAAGAUGGUAAGGAUGUGAUAUUUGAUGAAGAGAUUGGGUUUAACAAUAAUGAGCAUAGUGAUUUGGAGGGAGUCAAUGAGUUUGAUGGAGAGGUUAUACAAGAUAUUAGUGAACUGGAAGAUUAUGAUGAAGCUCCAAAACUUGUUUUAGCCAAUCCUGACGCUGAUACUGAUAGUGAUUGA